CAUUUGGGAGGAGAACAUAAGCAAAGCCUCUUUGUCAGCCACAGACCAAAAUCUCGUUGGAAGUCUGCCCAGAAAAGCGGACGGACUUUUUCCAAAUGCUUUUGCCCGUGCAGUGUAUGCAAGUCCCGUUUGGACUACGACCACAUCCACACAAACAAUCCAAAACAUUCAAAUGACAUUUCUCAAGUUUCAUGAAUGUGUUUUUGACCAAGAUGCCAAACUGGGGAGGCGGUGCAAAGUGUGCAGCCUGUGACAAGACUGUCUACCAUGCAGAAGAGAUCCAAUGUAAUGGGAGAAGCUUUCAUAAAACCUGCUUCAUGUGCAUGAGCUGCAGAAAAGGGCUAGACAGCACCACGGUAGCCGCGCACGAGUCUGAGAUCUACUGCAAAUCUUGCUACGGGAAAAAAUAUGGCCCAAAAGGUUACGGAUACGGGCAAGGGGCUGGCGCUCUGAGCUCUGAUCCUGUUGGAGAGCAUGUCAACCUGCACCCUGAUGACUCUAAACCACGUCAAUCCUCCACAAAUUCCACUCCCAACAAGUUUUCCCAGAAGUUCGGGAGCUCCGACCGCUGCCCUCGUUGCUCCAAAGCAGUCUACGCAGCAGAGAAAGUGAUGGGAGCCGGAAAGCCUUGGCAUAAAACCUGCUUCCGCUGCGCUAUGUGUGGUAAAAGUCUGGAGUCGACCACAGUGACUGACAAGGAUGGAGAGAUCUACUGUAAAGGUAAAAGUUUGCUACGCGAAAAACUUUGGACCAAAAGGAUUUGGACUGGGGAAUGCCGCCAUGUUGGAGUAACGGGAGUGAACAAUACUCGGAAGUCUUGAAGAAUUAAGUCGCCUUAAACUUCACCAGAACAAUCAUCCAUGGAGUCACUUAUUUUGCCCUGGUUUAUGUGUGUAGUAAACCAUAUUUGUACCAAAA